AUGGACCAGAAAAUCUUGGAAGCUUCCGCAAAGCACGCCCAGCCGGGCAAGGUGUUCCAGUAUGGCACCGCCGGUUUCCGCAUGAAAGCCGACCUGCUGGAUUCCGUCGUAUACCGUGUUGGCCUGCUGGCUGCCCUCCGCUCGAGGAAGCUCAACGGCCAGACCAUUGGUGUCAUGAUCACCGCGAGCCACAACCCGCCCGAGGAUAACGGCGUUAAGCUUGUGGACCCGAUGGGCGAGAUGCUUGAGUCUUCGUGGGAAGCUCAUGCUACCGUCCUCGCAAACGCCGAGACCGACGAGAAGCUCGUCGAAGCUUACAACAAGCUCGCAGUUGACCUCAAGGUGAACCAGACGGCACCUGCGAGGGUCAUCUUCGCCCGCGACACCCGCGCCUCCGGUUCGAGGCUGGUAACCUGCCUCGUCGACGCUCUUGAGGCGACGGGCGCCGAGUACACCGACCACAAGUUCCUCACCACUCCGCAGCUGCACUACUUGGUCCGCUGCGUGAACACAAAGGGCACCGUGCACGAGUACGGCGAGGCGUCCGAGAAGGGCUACUACGAGAAGCUUGGUGCCGCCUUUAAGAAGGCCCUUAAGCACAGGCAGAUCCCUGAGGAUGCCCCCGAGGACAAGGGUGUCGUGGUCGACUGCGCCAACGGCGUUGGUGGCCCCAAGCUGAGGGAGCUGAUCAAGUACCUGCCCAGCCUCGAGGAGAAGGGUAUCAAGAUCCAGGUUGUCAACGAUGAUGUGCACAAGCCCGAGAACUUGAACUCGCAGUGCGGUGCCGACUAUGUCAAGACGGGUCAGCGCGCCCCGCCGCUGUCCAAGGCUGGACCGCUGGAGCGCAGUGCAUCUCUGGACGGAGAUGCCGAUCGCAUUGUCUACUACUUCAACGACAAGGACGGCAAGUUCAACCUCCUGGAUGGCGACCGCAUUGCCACGCUCGCGGCCUCUUUCAUUGGUGACCUGGCUCGCCAUGCUGGCCUGGGCGAGCAGCUCAAGGUUGGCGUUGUGCAGACGGCGUACGCCAACGGUGCCAGCACCAAGUACAUCACCUCGGGCCUUAACCUGCCGGUCGUGUGCACGCCCACGGGCGUUAAGCACCUGCACCACGCUGCGCUGCGCUUUGACGUUGGUGUCUACUUCGAGGCCAACGGCCAUGGCACCAUUGUCUUCUCUCCUGCAGCGCUCAAGACGAUCGAGAAGCACGAGCCGCAGUCGCCUGCGCAGCACGAGGCGCUGGAGACGCUGCAGGCUUUGACGGAUCUGAUCAACCAGACUGUCGGAGACGCGCUCUCGGAUCUGCUGCUCGUUGAGGUCAUCCUUGCCCACAAGAAGUGGGGACCUGCCGAGUGGCUGCACACGUACAAUGACCUGCCCAACCGCCUGGUCCGCGUUGAGGUCAAGGACCGCAAUAUUUUCAAGGCGGUGGAUGCGGAGCGCAAGCUGGAGAGCCCGGCGGGCAUUCAGGAGGAGAUCGACAAGCUGGUCGGAAAGUACAAGCAGGGCAGGUCGUUCGCGCGUGCUAGCGGUACCGAGGACGCGGUGCGCGUUUACGCGGAGGCGGAGACUCGGACCGAAGCGGACGAUCUGGCGCAGAAGGUUGCCAUCCUGGUGAAGCAGUUCGGUUCUGCCUAA